AGGUGAUCCAGGUACAUGAGAACAGGAAGAAAACCACGAAAGAGGAAGUGUUCAGUCAGUAUCCAGUUUGAGUCGACGGAGCAGAAGGAUGAAAACUGUAGACUGAGGCAGGUCAGUGUUCCCGUGUUACCUCUCAGACUGACUUCAGAUCAGAAGAUGAGUGAUUGUGUGGAGGAAGAGGAGGACAGAGCAGAGUCUCUAGUCUCUGGCUGUGUGUCUAUGAAGAGUGACCGGUCUAAAAAUGAUCCUCUGACCUUCAGUAAUGAACCUGGACCCUCAGAGUCAAAAGUUCAGUACAGACCGAGAGCAGAGUCUCCAGUACCCAGCUGUCUGUCUAUGGAGAGUGACGGGUCCAAAGAGGAUCCUCCAGACUUCAGUAAUGAACCUGGACCCUCAGAGACAAAAGAGAAGAAGAGGAGUCAUGCUUCUGUGGAGGAGCCGAUGUCAAGAUCCAGAACAAGACCUGGACCUCAGACAGCCAGUCAGACCAGAACAAGACCUGGACCUCAGACAGCCAGUCAGACCAGAACAAGACCUGGACCUCAGACAGCCAGUCAGACCAGCACUGUCCAAAAUCUGCUCCACCAGACAUAUCUGCUCUGCAUCACUUCCUUUCUGAAUCUGAACCCAAAAGAAAUACUUAUAUAUUUGUAUUCUUUGUUUUUAUGAUAGCACUCCGUCUUU